CGGGAGAGAAGUUCUCCCGUCGAGCAUUCGCCAACUAGAAUCUGCUUCACCUGAGCCUGAGCGAGAGCAUUACGUACUGUAAUUUCAUUUAGCCAACCAAAUUCGUAGACAAAAUGACCUUCGUUUCUGCGGCUGGGCGGCAUCAGCCCAAGACGAUGCUCGUCUUUUCGUUUCUGGUUCAGAACUUCUACUCUAGCCCGCCGAUAAUUUUUAUCGACGCAGCCUCCGUUCUCCCGGCAAAAAUAACUACAAAGGAAGAAAUGGAGAAGCUUUGCCUCCGCCAUCCUCGGUUCAUCGAAGACUACGAAAAGGAAAUCAACAGCACGACAGUAAACCACUACCCGUUUAAAAACACGAAGAAGGUUCUAGUGAAAUACGGAGAAAUACCCGGUAUCACCCAGAUCGCCGUCGCGGAGAUUGUCGACGACUUCCCCCCGCACAGCCACGAAGACAUGUUCGAACUGUUCUACAUGCUGCCCUACAAACCGAAUCACAAAGACUCCGGUCCAGGUACGCUUGUCAAUGGGAACCGAGAUGGUCAGAACAACUAUGUGAAUCUGUUCAACUUCGGCAUUGGCGAUCUGAGCAAUAUGAGAGUGCACAGCUCCCCCUCCCCCUCAUUUGUGUUGCAUGAACAGCAACACAAGCACUGGCAAAGAUGCAGCUUUUGCAUGACAAAUUCCUAAGUGAUUGUAGUGCUGUUUUGGCUUUCGGAAUCUGUCAUGCAAAGAGUGCUAACAGGCAGAAGGUAGAUUUGGGAUUUUGCAUGACAAAUGAGGGGGAGGGGGACGAGUUGUGCACUGUCAUAAGCAAGGGGGAAAAAGCAGAAAACUACACCUACUGGCCGGAGAACGUCACCAAUGACAAUGAGUUCGACCUCGUGCCGGACUACAAGGACCAGGGGGGAAAUUCCACGGCGGGCACGAUGCUCUUAUUUCCGCCGGGCAUCGAGCACAGCGGCGGGAUCGUGCAGGACUCCGGGCCGUUGCAGCUGAUCACGAUCGGCGCCAUUCCCUUUCCCGGAGAGACGGUCGAGCAGUACAAAGUCGCACCGGAAAAUUCGCAGGCAAAAUAUCAAAAUGAAAAAUCCCCCCUCUGCAUACUAAAACGGAGAUUUGUGUAGCAUGACUUGGGACCACAAAUCAUGUUGUCAUGCUAGAAGGCAAAAGAUGCGGAGUGUAGUUCAGGCUGGCAUGGCAAAGCCAUGGAGUUUCAGCAUGACAGGAGGCAACCGGAAGUGGGGAGCAGCAUGACAAAUUGCCUGCAAUUAAGGCCGCAGCUGCGUCUCUUGUCCUUCUAGCAACACAAGCCGAUCUGUGUGCGCAAAUCCAGCAUCACAAAUUUCCGUUCCGAGAUGGGGAGGGGGGGCUUUCCCCCGUAAUACAAAAACCCUGAAAUUCGGAAAAACUCAGCUGGACGAGUUGAAACCAAAGCCGAUGAAAGACAACGAAAAGAUCACGAAGCGGGUGAUGCUACCCUUGCCGGAAAAACAGUACCCGAAGUUACCGCAUUUCAUCACGUUUGCGGAGUCCACGCUUCCGAAAAACCAGCGUAUGCAUUGCAAAUAUGUCUGGGUCAGGAAGAUUCUGAGAUUUGCCAUGCAGUUUUUCCAAGCUCCGCCAAGUCUGCUAUGCAGGGCCUAGCAUCACAGAGUCUGCAGCCCCUUUGUGAUGCCUGUUCUACAUGAGAAAUGCAAACCUCAGCAUGACCAGAAAUGAGCACCUUUUGCAAGUCACGCAACACAGAUUUUUGUAUGAUCCGCAACGUGCAUCACAAGUUCGCAUCCUUUCAGACAAAACACCAGAUAUAUUUGUAAUGCAUACAGCGGAACCCGAAGCACAUCCACGCCGACGCCUACGAAGUGUAUUUCGUGAUGCGGGGGCAGGUAUGGAUUGCAAAUAUGUCUGGGUCUGGAAGAAUAAAAACUUGUGAUGCGCAUUUCAGAACUCAGCAAAAUCUCUCAUGCAUAGUUAGCAAAAGCUGCCCACUUUCUGCCAGCAAAUGGAGGAUUUGUUAUGAGAAUUCGGCAUUGCGGAAGCUUCUCGAAACCUGUGAUGCUAGAUCUUCCAUGCCAAACCUCCUGUGUUAUGCAAAAACAGCAUGAUUCUUCCAGACCCAGACAUUUUUGCAUUUGAUAGCAGGGCUACAUGGAGUUAGACGGCGAGGAAAAGCCGAUCAAAACCGGAUCCGUGGUGAUUGUGCCCCCGAAAAUCGAGCACGGGCCGAUCGCGCAUAAGAACAGCGAGCUGCAUAUCAUUUGUAAAAACGUCCCCACCCCAGAGUUGUCAUGCAGGUUUGCACGGACAGGAACAUUUGUAACGCGCAUCACCAUGAGAGGAAUUUCUAAUCGUGUUGUGGCAUUUGUAAUGCUGUAACCAGGAUCAGCAGAUGGAUUUGUGAUGCGUUUUCCCUUGCUAACCUGCACUACACUACGGACGGCAACUUGUGAUGCAAGAGUCCCAAAACUUCUAGGUUUGUGUUGCAAAAUCCCCAUCUUGACUCUGGUGUGGGGACGUUUUUACUCAGGAUACUGCAGCUGCUGUAUUUCAUGAUUGAGACGCCGAAGGGGCCCUGUCAGCACUAUCCUGUGCAAAAGUAUCGUAGUCGUACUAAUCGCACUCAUGCAUUACAAAUUUCUUUCUCAAGUUGAAUCCGCAUUACAAAUUCUAUUUCUCAUGCUGAGGAGAUUUGUCAUGCGAUUUAUACUAAUACGAUGCUUUUGCAUUUCAUAAGCACGGGAUAUCGUCGAGGGACAAAGGGAUGAACCAGCAUCGAGAGCUCUAGAGUAUCGAAUGCAAAUAUGUCUGGGUCUGGAGAGAUGGAACUUGUGAUGCUAAUUUUGGACUCCAGAAAAAUCGGUAUUGCAUGACCACCAAGAGGAGUCCAGUUUGUGCUACGCGGGAAGGGCGUUUGUCAUGCGGAAUAGGCAUCAGGAAGCCUGCUAAAAAUCUGUGAUGCUAGGCCAUGCAUUACAGGCAUCAUGGGCCAUGCAAAACAUGCAUUACAAACCUGGCGCUUUCCAGACCCGGACAUACUUGCAAUGCAUAUAGAGCUCGGCUGUACAAGAACUCCUGCGGCGGGUGAACAAGCCGGAUCCGGAGCCAUUCGAUCUACUGAAAAAACCAUUUGUUCUUUAUUUGUGCAGACGAAAACGAAUACGAAAAUGCACCACCUUUAGCAUUUUUCUAUCGGAACGCGGAUUUUUCAAAUUCAAAAUUAAAACCGCAGAGAGUUCUUGCGAACAAUCCUUUCGUCGGUUGAAU